UUUUUUUUUUUUUAAAAAAAAAAGGAAAAAAAAAUUUCACAGACCUUUUUAAUUAGUUACAUUUUUAUAUUUUAAACACAAUAAUUUUAAUAAAAUGGGUGGACAACUUACAAAAGAACAAGCUCGUCUACCUUUUGGUUACGUUUCCUCUAAAUCUAAUAAUAGACGACGAAUAACGACGGGUCUUACCCCUUCAACGAUAAGACCUAAUGUACAUCCAACCUCAGAUACUCCAGAUUCACUUUUGAAUGACCUUUAUGAACUUAAUAAUCAUUUACAGAAUGUAUCUAAUCAUCUUACUCUGAUUCCACCAAGUGGAGAAACGGCAUCGAUAGUAACGACAGCUACUGAUGUUAUUUAUCCCGAACCUGUAACGGAAUCAGAUAAACCUGACGAAGAAUUAUCAUGGGCGAUAUUACAUUCUCAUAAUGGUGAUGACCGUUCGUGUUUUCAUGGGGUAACUGAUGAAUUAAUAGAUGAAAAUAGCGAACUAAGUCAUAUAUUAUUUAGUGAAUUACCUAACUUAAAAAAUAUCGGGCUUUGUUCUCUUGGGCUAGUAAAAUUAAGUAAAAAUAUCUGUUUUCUAUAUAUUACGAAUUGUCUACAAAUAUGCUGUAAUGAGUUGACAGAAAUACCGGCAGAGAUUGGAUAUAUGAAAAAUUUAACAAAACUCGACCUGUCCAAAAAUAAAUUAGAAUAUAUUCCAGAUACAAUUGGAUUCUUACAUAAGCUCGUUGAUCUUAGAUUAUCAGAAAAUCAGUUGACAUACAUACCAUCUUCUAUUGGAUCUCUUAAGAAACUUGGAACUUUGUUGCUUGAUUGUAAUAAAAUUGUAGAAUUACCUCCAGAGAUUGGAGAAAUUAAAACACUUGUCAAUUUGGAUGUUCGCGAUAAUCCAAUUACCGUUUUACCUGCCGAAUUGGGAAGGCUUCAAUAUCUACGCAAACUUCGUACAGAUGGUUGUCCAUUGAAAACGGAAUUCGUACAUGAAAUCACACAUUCACCUCCAACACUUAUGGAAUUAGCCGCACGAGCUAUCGUUAGGAAACAAAUACCAAUUCUAGAGGAUACGACAGAACAUCUAAAAGAUUAUCUUGCAGGCGCUAAAAAAUGUAGCUUUUGUUAUGGGCCAUACUUUGAAAGUUUUGUUAAAAGAGGAAAGAUAAUUGAUAAGAACGAUCAACAUAUUCCUCUUGAAUAUAGACUAUGUUGUCCACAUUGGAAUACUGAACAAGAACGAGUUAGUUUACUAUUCUGUGCGUUACCAGAUACUGCACCUAGCUCUGAACCAUAUAAUUAUCCAAAUAAUAUUGAUCCUACCAUAGCAUCAGAUGGUAAUGCGCCAAUAGUAAAUGAAAUGGUUUCAACCGAAUCACAACAAAAACUUCAACGUCAUCCUUCUGCAAGACGUUCAAUGACAAUUCCCCUUAGUUCUCUUGCGAGAUCCCCUUCGUUACCAAGUUUACCGAGGUCAGCUUCUCCAAGACCUACAAGUCAAUUAGGAGAUGAUGUAGGAGUGAAAAAAAGUAAUAGUACACGUGGAAAAAACGGAGUAUCUCUCUGGAGACCAAGGAAGAAUAGUUCCGCAUCUGCAAUUUUGGGAAAGCCUUUACGUAACAGUUCAUCUUUGCGCCUAAGUUCUAGAUGGCGUUCACAAUAUUGAUUUACGCAAUUACAUAUUCCAGUAAAAAAAAAAAAAAAAUUA